UUUUGUUUAUAAAUUUAAAUUGUCUUUCACACAAAAAUGAUUACUGACCAUAAUAUGACUUUUAGCGCUAAUUUAAUGACCUCUGGUGCAGGUAAACAAUAACAUUUGUUUGUGAGAGCAUUUACUCCGAUGACGAGUUUCGAGUUCGCGUUGCUGUCGUUUCUUUGUUUGCUACCAUUAUUGCAAAACUCCCUGACCUCCGCCCAGAUGAUGUCCUCGCUGGUGAAGCCGGGCAUCUUCCGGCACGUGAUGUGCCGUAACAACAUGUACCCACGCAGCUCCGUCCUUCGGUUCCCGGUGUCCGAUGAGCAGGUCUUCUGGUCGGAACCGUAUGCGGAUUACUGCCCACCGGCGUACACGGCGCCGCACAUUGGUGGACAGGUGUGGGCCGACCCUCCCCUGCCAAGCGAGGUGUUCCGUCCGCAGUGGAACCAGCUGGAUGGUCAGGUCAACCGCGAGUCCUUCCACGGGGCAUACAAGUUGCGGGAUGGACUGCCCCUUAACCCGAUCGGACGCACUGGACUGAGCGGGCGAGGCUCACUGGGCAGAUGGGGGCCAAAUCAUGCCGCUGAUCCUAUAGUGACUCGCUGGAAGCGAAACGAUCAAGGAGCUCUCGUGGCCAACCCAACCACUGGCAAGAAUGUGCUACAGAUGGUGGCCAUCCAGCGGUCGGACAACAAGUUGUGGGCCAUUCCCGGCGGCAUGGUAGAUCCCGGCGAGAAUGUGAGCGUCACCCUCAAGCGGGAGUUCACCGAGGAGGCGCUGAACUUCACAGAUAAGGCGAAUAUGGUGGAACAGUUCUUCCAGGCCGGCGGCGUCCAGGUAUACCAAGGCUACGUGGACGAUUUCCGCAACACGGACAACGCGUGGAUGGAGACCACGGCGCUCAACUUCCACGAUGAGGACGGGAGCCAGGUGGGCCAACUGGAGCUAAUGGCAGGCGACGAUGCCACCAAUGUGCGCUGGACGGAUGUUGACUCGGGUCUGAAGCUGCACGCCAAUCAUGCGGACAUCGUGCGGGAGGUGGUUAUCCGUCGAAAUGCGCACUGGUAAAAACCAGCACCAGCCAUACGAAAACUCACAUUUAAAUAUUCAAAUAUACAUUUUUUAAAAAGUUU